AUGCGCAUUCUCUCUCUCUCUCUCUCUCUCUCUCUCUCUCUCUCUCUCUCUCUCUCUCUUUCUUUGUGUCUAUCUUUAUUUUUAAACGAUUGUCGAUUUUUUUUCUUUUUCUUUUUUAUCGGUAUUUUGCCAUAUUUUUAUAUUUGCACUUUUCUUUCUUUCUUUCUUUCUUUUUUUCUUUCUUUCUUUCUUCCUUCGUUAUUUUCUUCCGGUAUUCACUUUUCUUUAAAAAAAAUUGUAUUUCUUUUCUUUUACCUUCAUUUGUCGAUAUUUUUAUGUUUACAUUCCCUUCUUUCUUUAUUUCUUUCUUUAUUUCUUUAUUUCACUCUCUCUCUCUCUCUUUCUUUCUUUCUCUGUCUCAUUUACUCUCUCUUUCUUUCUAUCUUUUUUCUCUGUUAUUCAUGUCCUUUCUUUCCUCUCAAUUAUCGAUGUUCUUUCCUUCUUUCUUUCUAUCUUUCUUUCUUUCUUUCUUUCUGUCUUUCUUUCUAUUCUAUUACUACUAUUCUUCAUUAUCAAUGUCCUUUCGUUCGUUCGUUCGUUCGUUCGUUCUUUCUUUCUUUCUUUCUUUCUUUCUUUCUUUCUUACUUACUUACUUUUUCUCCGCCAUUAAUGAUGUUCUUUGCUUCUUUUUUCCUUCUCAGUUAUUGUUGUUCUUUCUUUGUUCGACAUUAUCAAUGUCCUUUCUUUCUUUCGUUCUUUUUUCCUUUCUUUCUUUAUUUCUUUCUAUUUUCUUUCUUUCUUUCUUUCUUUUCAGUUAUCUUUUUGAUGUUCUUUUUUCUUUCUUUCUUUCUUUCUUUCUUUCUUCCUUUCUUUCUUUCUUUUUUCUUAAUUAUCGAUGUUCUUUCUUUCUUUUCAUUAUGGAUAUCUUUCUCUCUUUCUUUAUUCUUUUCCAUUACUCAUUCAAAUUUCUCUCUCUCUCUCUCUCUCUCUCUCUCUCUCUCUCUCUCUCUCUUCUUCAUAUUUUUCAGUCGUCAAAGACCUUUAUACCCUUUGUCUUUUCUACAAAUAUUUUCUUCUUCUUCUUCUUCUUCUUCUUCUUCUUCUUCUUUUUGUUCUUCUUCUUCUUGUUCUUCUUCUUCACCCCCUCGUUCUUCUUCCUCAACCCGUAGGCUGGGCCAAAAAAAUAGCCUUUUGAAGCCGAUUAGACGGGUUCAGGCUCUGUCUACCUCCCCGGACGAAACCUUGCCCUUCGGCAAAGCCUCGUCCGGGUUCCUCUCUGCUAACGCAGCGAGUUCGACAGACGUCGGAAGUAACAUCGCUGUUUCCCUGUUUCCAUCUAGCCAGGUAACAUCACUGUUUCCCUCUGUCCCUUUUGCCAAGUACCAUCGCUGUUUCCCUCUAUCCCUAUUGCGAGGUAACAUCGCUGCUUCUCUCUGUCUCUAUUGCCAGAACCGUCUGAGAGAUUUACUUCUUUUUUCUUUUUUCUCUCUUUAUAAGAAACGCUUUUCUUUUGCUUCUUCUACAACCACAACUACUUCUUCUACUGCUAAUAUUUUUCUUUGUCUUUUCCAUUACUACUACUUCUUCGAACCUUUAGACUGA